AUGACAGCCAAGAGGAGAGCACAGAUGGAGGCGUUUCUGAAGGCAUGUGUAGUAGUGCUAACCUGCAUGGGGAUUGAUGCCAGACCUCCGGUGAACAGAGCCAAAGGAGCGUUUGGACUUGAAGAGGUUAUCUCGGGGGAGCUAAGUAGCUUCGGGUUCUCGGGUACUUGGAUAUCAGGAAAGCAGUUCCUUUACACGGACCGAAACACAGGGAACGUCCUACAGUAUGACUUGCCCACGCUUUCUUCGUCGGUUUUAGUGGAGAGUCGAGUCUUGGAGGAGUACCGGGCCACGAGCUACGAACUUUCGGCUGAUGGACUUUACCUUCUGAUUGGUUAUGACCUGCAAGCGCGAGUCACAUUCACCGGUGUUCCAGGCGUCUUCUAUAACGGCGUACCUGACUGGGUGUAUGAAGAGGAGGUCCUGGGUUCGGGCUCGGCGCUGUGGUUUUCAACGGACAGCACGUUGCUUGCAUUCGCUACGUUCAACGACUUGGACGUAAAGACUGCCUCGUACUUCCACUAUGGGCAGCCUGGUACCCUCGAAUCACAGUACUCAGACACCAUUAAAAUAAGGUACCCCAAGCCUGGUACAACGAAUCCACAAGUCACGUUGCAUGUGGUGGACCUCACAAACCUGUCGUCCGGCUUUGUAAAUCUGCUGGCCCCCGUCGACGUAGUGACUUGGGAUCACAUUCUGUACACAGUCGAAUGGGUAGAUGACAAGCAAGUGUCGGUCAUUUGGACAAACCGAGUACAGAACCUGGGACUGCUGCAGAUCUGCGUCGCGAGGACUGGCAACUGUCAGGCUGUGUAUCAACUAUCGGAAACUGCAGGAUGGCUGGAAGUAGUACCUCCCACUUUCGAUGCAACAGGCUCACGACUAGUCACAGUGUUGCCACAGGAUCAAGGUGACGGAUACGGUAACUACGCACAAGUUACACUGCUUUCUCGAGGUGCAACGCUACGAGAAACUAUGGCGACAGAGACUCCGCUAACUUCCGGACGAUCGGUCGUGACGUACAUAUAUGGAUGGGAUAGAAUCAACGACAUCAUCUACUACCAAUCGACACCUGUCAACGAGCCAUCACAGCGCCACGUGUAUUCGGUGGCAGCUGAUGGAAGCAGCGCUCCGUACUGCUUGUCAUGCAAAGUACAUACUCUGGAAGGCCGCGCCUGCCUGUACGCCUCUGCUUCAUUUAGUGCAGACUUCAGUCACUUGGCGCUGACGUGCUCUGGCCCAGACCCACCUCACGUGUUCUUGUACAGGUCAGACAGUGAUUCCCCGCUUGCAAUUUGGGAAAUUAACGAGGAUCUGAGACAGAAAAUCGAAGGUCGAGACCUACCGCAGAUACAGAACACCGAAAUAAACGUGCCCGGCGGAUUCCAGGCAAAGGCACGCCUCUGGCUACCACCUGGAGCAGACACCAGCGGUCGGACGAAAUAUCCGAUGCUGGUCUACGUUUACGGGGGUCCGAACUCAGUGCAGAUAUCCGACGCCUUCACGCUGGGCUGGGGCGCAUACCUGACCACAAACCGCAGCGUCAUAUAUGCUCUGAUCGACGGCAGGGGUUCUGGAUUGAAGGGUGACGAAAUGAGGUUCAGCGUUUACCGGCGUCUGGGCACAGUUGAAAUAUACGACCAGAUCUUAGCCACUGCAAUGCUACAAGACAUGUUUCCGUACAUAGACAAGACCCGUACUGCCAUCUGGGGCUGGAGCUACGGCGGUUACGCUACGGCCAUGGCGUUGGCACGCGAUACAGUGGGCGUGUUCAAGUGCGGUGCUUCUGUAGCGCCUGUUACCAGCUGGAUCUACUACGACUCAAUUUACACUGAGCGAUACAUGGGGCUGCCCACGCCAGAGGACAAUCUGGAAGGCUACAACAACAGUGACGUCACGAGGCUAGUAGAGGGCUUUAGGGGAAAGCAGUUCUAUUUGCUGCAUGGUAACGCGGACGACAACGUUCACUAUCUGCAGGCAAUGGUACUCAGCAGGGCGCUGGAACUUUCUAAUAUACUCUUCAGGCAACAAAGCUACCCGGACGAGAAUCACAGUCUGCGCAGCGUGCUGCGCCAUGUGUACGGCUCCAUGGACCAGUUCUGGGCCCAGUGCUUCGACCUGGACAAGUGGUGACGUCACUGAACCACCUCAUAGCGAUAUUUGUGUCCACAGUUGAUUGAGAAUACAUGUCCACCACUUUAAGUUCCUCGUCAUGCAGCCGUAAGAGUCAACCACGUAGACGGCUGUUGAAUAAGUUUUAAUUUUGUAAGAUUGAAUUUUGAGACGAUAUUUGUGCAGUUUUGUGUCUUGCAAAACGAAAAGCUGUUCAGUCACAUUUUCCUGUGCAUGGUCAUAAUAUUUCAAACGUAAUUAAGAUGUGCCCUUAUCCGUUACUGUUAAAGACGUUUAUCUCUGAAGUUCCUAAAAUGCGGUUGCAUUCAUGCGACAAAUGAACAGUUUUAAUGAGACUGUAGUAUCCGUUACUAAGUUGCAUGCUUGAAGGUUGCAUCAAAAUCGUUAAACGUUGGAUCCUGAACUUCGGAGCUCAGGCGAAAGAAGGCAUAUCAGAAGUAGCAGCGUAACAAAGCUCUGGAGGAUAAUACUGCUCCCGUCUUCAGAAUUUUUCUUAGGCUUUAGAUACUGUGUUCCUGAUUUUUCUUUGUUAAGCUGAAAAAAGAGUGCUUUACCUGAAAAUGGAUCCAGUGUGUUCAUCCGAUCCAAUGAAAACCACCUACAAGACUACAGAGCAUCAUAAUAUAUAAGACUACUAUCCCACUCGUUUGAUGUUCCCAUAGCAUUAAAACUUUUAAAGCGUCACCUUUCAUUCGCGUUUGACGUAACAGUGAAACAGUUUCAUGUUGUGGCUGAAGGCUCCUAUUGAUCAGUAUGAAUUUUUCCAUCCUUGUAACCUACUGUCGAAAUCUUGGCGUGAAACAUUUAACAUUUGAAGAUCAGACUUUCUGACAUUGCCUCAGGAUUGGCGGUGUAAGAAGUAGCGCAAAUUAAUUUUUUUAAAUUUUCAAACAGUUUAUAAUAAUACGUUCUCUGAAUCAUGCUUGUCAUGAUCUCAUCCAGACGGUGUUGCAGGGUUCCUAGAACUCCCAUCAACCUUCUCUUUCAGAAAUAUUCACAUCACGCCUUUGUAAUAACGAAGAUAAUUUAUUGACAAUAAAUGAAGGUCAGGUAGAAAAUAUUGUACUGUUUUUAAUAAUUAUGUAUCACAGUGUUAAUUUUAUAUGAACAGUUCAGAAUAAUUAUGGUAAUGAUAUG